AUGAAGACGAUGAAGACUGUUCAUCAAACAUAGGAAGACAAAGAAGAUAUUUAUGUGAUUGCAAUUCAGUGAACCAAAGUCUUGUAGCUGUGUUAGGCAAAAAAGUUAAAGGUACAAAACGAAAGUUCGAAUAUACAGUGCCUAAAAAGGUUGGUCCACCAGGCGAUUCCUAUUUUCUUAUAUUUUCUCAAGUUUUAGACGAACAAGAAUAUACUUCCUAUUCCGGUCAUUUCAGCAUCAAGGGUGUAAAUGGUCCCAGUCCGUCACCGAGUUUGCCAAAUAAUACCGACAGUUAUCCUUCUUAUCCUUCUGCCUCUUCAUCUUCUCUUAAUAUAAUGCAAAUAAAAUCGCAAGUUCUGCUUUUGGAUUUAAUGGAAAAUUGGUAA